CUCUUCUUCACCUCCUCCAAGUCACAGUGACCAAAAUCACACACUAUGGAUCCAAAUGAAUCACCAAUCCAAUUUCGCCACAUGGUGGCCAUGCCUUAUCCAGGUCGAGGCCACAUCAACCCAAUGAUGAACCUCUGCAAACGCCUCGUCCAUCGAUACCCUAACCUUCACGUCACCUUCGUAGUCACAGAAGAAUGGCUCGGGUUUAUCGGAUCCGACCCGAAACCCGACCGGAUCCAUUUCGCAACUCUCCCUAAUCUCAUCCCCUCCGAGCUCGUCCGUGCUAAGGACUUCAUAGGCUUCAUUGAUGCGGUCUACACAAGAUUAGAGGAACCCUUCGAGAAGCUUCUUGACGGCCUAACUUCGCCGCCUCCGAGUGCGAUCAUAGCCGACACUUACGUCAUUUGGGCAGUACGUGUCGGCAGAAGAAGGAAUAUUCCGGUGGUUUCUCUCUGGACUAUGUCAGCCACAAUUCUCUCUUUCUUCCUUCACGCUGAUCUACUCAUAAGUCAUGGCCAUGCUCUGUUCGAACAAUCAGAAUCUAAAGAAGAAGAGGUUGUUGAUUACGUACCCGGUUUACCUCCGACUAAACUCCGAGAUUUGCCUCCUAUAUUCGACGGUUACAGCCAUCGACUCUUCAAGAAAGCCAAGUUGUGUUUCGAUGAGCUCCUGGGAGCUAAGUGUCUUGUCUUCACCACCGCCUAUGAGCUUGAACACAAAGCUAUUGAUGCUUUUACCUCCAAGCUCGAUAUCCCGGUCUACGCUACCGGUCCUUUAAUACCCUUUGAAGAACUUUCUGUCCGAAAUGAUAACAAGGAACCUGAUUACAUCCGGUGGCUUGACGAGCAACCGGAAAGCUCUGUACUUUACAUAUCUCAGGGGAGUUUUCUUUCGGUCUCAGAAGUUCAGAUGGAGGAAAUAAUUGUAGGAGUGAGAGAGAGUGGAGUUAGGUUUCUAUGGGUGGCUCGUGGGGGAGAGUUAAAGCUUAAGGAGGCUCUUGAAGGUAGCUCGGGUGUUGUGGUGAGCUGGUGUGAUCAGCUGCGUGUAUUGUGCCACGCAGCUGUAGGCGGGUUUUGGACACAUUGCGGGUUUAACUCAACGUUGGAAGGGAUAUAUUCGGGAGUACCAAUGCUCGCGUUUCCGUUGUUUUGGGAUCAGAUUUUGAAUGCUAAGAUGAUUGUUGAGGAUUGGAGAGUCGGAAUGAGGAUAGAGAGGACGAAAAACACGGAGUUGUUGAUAGGGAGAGAGGAGAUUAAGGAAGUAGUGAAAAGGUUUAUGGAUAGAGAGAGUGAAGAAGGGAAAGAGAUGAGAAGAAGGGCUUGUGACCUCAGUGAAAUCAGUCGAGGAGCUGUUGCGAAAAGCGAAGCACCCGUUGCACAUCUUAUGAAUCCCAUCAAACCUGAGCCACUCGGAGUUCGCCACGUGGUGGCCAUGCCUUGGCCAGGAAGAGGUCACAUCAACCCAAUGUUGAACCUCUGCAAACGCCUCGUCCGGCGAGACCCAAACCUCAUCGUCACAUUCGUCGUCACCGAAGAAUGGCUCGGGUUCAUCGGGUCCGACCCGAAACCUAACCGGAUCCACUUCGCAACUCUCCCCAACCUCAUCCCUUCCGAGCUUGUCCGGGCCAACGACUUCAUCGGCUUCGUCGACGCCGUCCUCACCAGAUUAGAGCAGCCGUUCGAGCAGCUUCUUGACCGUCUAAACUCUCCGCUUCCCACCGUAAUCAUCGCCGACACUUACAUCAUUUGGGCAGUGCGGGUCGGAACAAAAAGGAAUAUUCCGGUGGCUUCUUUCUGGACUACGUCGGCCACGAUUCUCUCCCUCUUCAUUCAUACCGAUCUUCUCGCAAGUCACGGCCAUUUUCCGAUCGAACCAUCAGAAUCAAAACUAGACGAGAUUGUUGAUUACAUCCCCGGUUUAUCUCCGACAAGACUCCGUGAUUUGCAGAUCUUUCACGGCUAUAGUCUCCAAGUCUUCAAUAUAUUCAAAACCUCUUUCGGUGAGCUUUCCAAAGCUAAGUAUCUUCUCUUCUCUUCUGCUUAUGAGAUUGAACCAAAAGCCAUUGACUUUUUCACUUCCAAGUUUGACUUCCCGGUUUAUUCCACCGGUCCGUUAAUACCCUUUGAAGAACUAUCCGUUGGAAAUGAGAACAGAGAACUCGAUUACAUUCGGUGGCUUGAUGAGCAACCGGAAAGCUCUGUUCUUUACAUAUCUCAGGGGAGUUUUCUUUCGGUCUCUGAUGCUCAGAUGGAGGAGAUAGUGGUAGGAGUGAGAGAGAGUGGAGUCCGGUUUCUUUGGGUGGCUCGUGGGGGUGAGUUGAAGCUUAAGGAGGCUCUUGAAGGUAGUUUGGGUGUUGUUGUGAGCUGGUGUGAUCAGCUUCGUGUGCUGUGUCACGCGGCUGUAGGCGGGUUUUGGACACAUUGCGGGUUUAACUCGACUUUGGAAGGGAUAUAUUCGGGUGUACCGAUGCUUACAUUUCCCCUUUUUCGGGAUCAGUUUCUGAAUGCUAAGAUGAUUGUCGAGGAGUGGAGAGUUGGAAUGAGGAUCGAGAGCAAGAAGCAGACAGAGUUGUUGAUAGUGAGUAAUGAGAUCAAGGGAUUGGUAAAAAAGUUUAUGGAUGGAGAGAGUGAAGAAGGGAAAGAGAUGAGAAGAAGAACUUGUGAUCUUAGUGAGAUAUGUCGAGGAGCGGUUGCGGAAACCGGUUCUUCUGAUGCUAACAUCGACGCUUUCCUUAAAGAUAUUACCAAGAUCGUCUGAGUUCUAUUGUUGUUAAUGAUCAAAGUCUAUUAGUAUUUGUAUAAGUUUGUUAAAGAUUCAAAUUCUGUAGAGAUUUGAGAUUGUUUGUAAAACUCUUAUUUAUAAGUUCAUUUGUUCUACUCUUUGGUAGAGCUUAAUUUCGUUUGUGCCUAAUUUUUGUUUGACUUUAGAAAAUGAAUCGUGAGGAGACAAAUAUAGAAAAUAAUGUAUAAAAUGAAUUGAUUUUUCUGUU